AUGGAGGCUCCACGCAAGCUCGUCUCCGCCGCGCUCGUGCUGGUGCUGCUGCUCGCGGCCACGGGGGAGAUGGGAGGCCCGGUGGCGGUGGCGGAGGCUCGGAAGUGCGAGUCGCUGAGCCACAGGUUCGCGGGCCUCUGCCUGCGCGGCCACAACUGCGCCAACGUCUGCAGGACCGAGGGCUUCCCCGGCGGCAAGUGCCGCGGCGCCCGCCGCCGCUGCUUCUGCACCACCCACUGCCGCUAG